GAUUGGCUUAGAGGGUGGCGGUGGGCGGAGUCGUAAAAAGCAGUUGUCAUGGCGGAGCUGAGCGAAGCGCUCCUCUCGGUGCUGCCGUCCAUCCGAGUGCCCAAGGCCGGGGACCGCGUCCACAAGGACGAGUGCGCCUUCUCCUUCGACACGCCGGAGUCUGAUGGAGGCUUGUAUAUUUGCAUGAACACAUUCCUGGGCUUUGGAAAGCAGUAUGUGAAGAAACAUUAUGAGAAGACAGGGCAGCGGGUCUACCUACAUCUUAAGAAGACUCGCAAAUUGAAAGAAGAAGAUACCAACUCCAGCUCUGGAGAUCCUCCAAGAAAGAAACCAACCCGUCUAGCAAUUGGUGUGGAAGGUGGGUUUGACAUCCCAGAGGAGAAAUAUGAAUAUGAUGAACAUGUCAAAAUAGUCAUUUUACCAGAGCACUUGGAUAUUCCUCGGGAUGGACUGGAUGGUCUGCCCGAUAUGGUCAAAGACAGGAUUUCUAGUGCAAUUGAAGCUAUUCUGACAGCAGACUCUGCAUCACGGAAACAGGAGGUGCAGGCUUGGGAUGGGGAGGUUCGACGUGUAUCUAGACAUGCCUUCUCACUUCAGCAGCUCCCAAAUGGUGUGCGUAUCCCUCCUUGUGGUUGGAAGUGCAGCAAGUGUGAUAUGCGAGAGAAUCUCUGGCUCAACAUGACAGAUGGGUCCAUUCUUUGUGGACGGCGCUACUUUGAUGGCAGUGGGGGCAACAAUCAUGCUGUGGAGCAUUACCGAGAGACUGGCUACCCGUUGGCUGUGAAGUUGGGAACCAUCACUCCUGAUGGAGCUGACGUCUACUCUUAUGAUGAGGAUGACAUGGUUUUGGACCCCAGCCUGGCAGAACACUUGGCUCAUUUUGGGAUUGACAUGCUCAAAAUGCAAAAGACUGACAAGACAAUGACAGAGCUAGAGAUCGAUAUGAAUCAGCGGAUUGGUGAGUGGGAGCUGAUUCAGGAAUCAGGGGUGCAGCUCAAGCCUCUCUUUGGCCCUGGAUAUACAGGGAUCCGUAACCUGGGAAACAGCUGCUAUCUCAAUUCGGUGGUCCAAGUAAUAUUCAGCAUACCAGACUUUCAGCGGAAGUAUGUAGACAAGAUAGAGAAAAUAUUCCAGAAUGCCCCUUCAGAUCCUACACAAGAUUUCAGCACCCAAGUAGCCAAGUUGGGCCAUGGGCUAAUCUCUGGGGAAUAUUCAAAACCUUCUUCAAUUGGAGAACAGCAACAGGACCAGAAGGACAUUCAAGAUGGCAUUGCACCACGUAUGUUUAAAUCUCUUGUUGGCAAAGGCCAUCCAGAAUUUUCUACCAAUCGACAGCAAGAUGCUCAGGAGUUCUUCCUGCACUUUAUAAACAUGGUGGAGAGAAACUGUCGUAGCUCUGAAAACCCAAAUGAGGUCUUCCGUUUCUUAGUUGAGGAGAAGCUCAAAUGCUUGGCCACGGAGAAAGUUAAAUAUACUCAACGUGUUGAUUAUAUCAUGCAGCUGCCAGUGCCCAUGGAGGCAGCACUAAACAAAGAUGAGUUGCUGGAAUAUGAAGAAAAGAAACGGCAGGCAGAAGAAGAGAAGCAGCCACUGCCUGAGCUGGUCCGUGCCAAGGUGCCUUUCAGCUCCUGUCUUGAGGCCUAUGGAGCUCCAGAACAAGUAGAUGAUUUCUGGAGUACAGCCUUGCAGGCCAAGUCUGUGGCACUCAAGACAACCCGGUUUGCCUCUUUCCCAGAUUACCUAGUCAUCCAGAUCAAGAAAUUCACUUUUGGCCUAGACUGGGUGCCCAAAAAACUAGAUGUCUCCAUUGAAAUGCCAGAUGAAUUGGACAUCUCUGCACUUCGGGGGACAGGACUACAGCCUGAUGAGGAGGAGAUGCCAGAUAUAGCUCCCCCACUAGUGACACCAGAUGAACCCAAAGGUAGCCUGGGUUUCUAUGGCAACGAGGACGACGACUCCUUCUGCUCCCCUCACUUCUCCUCUCCAACAUCCCCCAUGCUGGAUGAAUCUGUGAUUACUCAACUAGUGGAGAUGGGCUUUCCAAUGGAUGCCUGCCGCAAAGCCGUGUAUUAUACUGGGAACAGUGGAGCUGAGGCUGCAAUGAACUGGGUCAUGUCACACAUGGAUGAUCCAGAUUUUGCAAAUCCUCUGGUUCUUCCAGGAUCCAGUGGGCCAGGUUCCACUAUCACCUGUCCUGAUCCCCCAUCUGAAGAUAGUGUGGCAACCAUAGUCUCGAUGGGCUUCUCCCGGGAUCAGGCUAUGAAAGCCUUAAGAGCUACAAAUAACAGUCUUGAGCGGGCUGUGGACUGGAUCUUCAGCCAUAUUGAUGAUCUGGAUGCAGAAGCUGCCAUGGAUAUUUCUGAGGGACGUUCGGCAGCAGAAUCCAUCUCUGAGUCUGUCCCUGUAGGGCCUAAAGUGCGUGAUGGACCUGGAAAAUACCAACUUUUUGCCUUCAUCAGCCACAUGGGGACGUCCACUAUGUGCGGCCAUUACGUCUGUCAUAUCAAGAAGGAUAGCAGAUGGGUGAUCUAUAAUGACCAGAAAGUCUGCGCCUCCGAGAAGCCUCCAAAGGAUCUUGGUUACAUCUACUUUUACCAGAGGACCAUCAGCUAGGAUCUUUGCUUUCUGGGUUUGAAGCAGGAUCCAGUUGAUGGCAGGAGGAGGGGGAAAUGGCGGUGAUGAAUGCAAAGAGGAGGGCCAACUUUCAACCCUUAUGUGUCUGUGUACCACUGCUGCAGUCCUAGAGAUGGGAUUCUGCCAUACGGAAGCUGUGGUCUGGUGCUUCUGUGGACACUGACGGGCAAGGGGUGAGUGUGAGUGAGUGUGUGUGUUGACUUGAAUCUCUAUGUAAAAACAACAAGAAGAAAAGUCUCACUGAAUCAGUCACCCCCAGGGGACAUCCAUGCACACUGUUUCUUCUUGAUGUAACUAUCUUAACACUUCUGGACAGUUUAAAAAGGUGUGGGGGUGGAAGGGAACAUUUGGGUUUAUGUGGCUUUAUAUCUAGGAUGGGUUCCCCCAUCCCCCUUCCUUCAGCAAUUGUGCAGGAAAGAAUCUGGCUCAUAAAGUAGCACCUGUUCUUCUUGUGCCCCUUAAAUGCCAAAACACGCAGAAAACACAAAUAAAAAUGUAUACCCCUCCAGCA